AUGGAAAUAUUGAAUAUCAAGGGAGCACCAUCAGAUACGCUAUUCUCACCACUCAGUGAAUAUAACAAUCAGCUCCAUUCACCCCCAGAAUUCCACCAUGCACAUCCAGACAUAUUUUACAAUGAAAUAGAGGACAGCCAUAAUGAUAGUGAUCAGCUCGUUUCUCAGCUUGCUUUGAUACAAGCUCAUCAGCACCAGAUUCACUCGAAUCAGCUUCUUCUUAAUCGUCAAUUGAGCCAGCCUACGCAGCAACCUGUUCAAUCCACAGAGGAUUCAUCCAAUGGCCCUUCCAUGAACAACCGCAAGCUUGGUCUAUACAAGACUGAACUUUGCAGAUCCUGGGAAGAGAAGGGCACGUGCAGAUACGGCUCAAAGUGCCAAUUUGCACAUGGUCAAGAUGAAUUGAGACAAGUUCCUAGGCAUCCAAAGUUCAAAACUCAAUUAUGCGCUACUUACUGGCAUUCUGGAGCUUGUCCUUAUGGAAAGAGGUGUUGCUUUAUUCACUCCACUUUCCCUCAUGCUCAGGGUGCUAUUCCACCAAUGCCCCUUUCUAUUCCCAUGUCGACUCAUAUGUCCACGUCAGACGAGGAGAGCCCACAGACAGCAUCUGCAGAAUCAACAACAUCCACAGCAUCACCAAGGCAGUCAUACACACAGAGUUAUUCACACUCUCACACACCCAGUUUACACAGCUUGACACUUACACCAAAUACUUCAAUUUCACCAGACUCAAAUGAGCAAUUCAGGUCAUGCGAGUCAUAUAAAUCUCAUUCACCUUGCAAGAACGCUCAAACGGAUCACUACACUCCUUCUCUCCUGUCGAGGAUCGGCGAGAGACAAAGAGCAGGGUCAACACCCUCACUAUCCACAUCAGUCGAUAGCAACUUGAGCUCACCACCACCAAUGUCCAAAACAAGCUCACUCAACUCUUUCCAAUUCAGUGAAGCUCCCAUCUAUGGAUUAGGUUUGGGUUUCACUACGGGCAAGUAUGACGAUUUUGGUGUUGGUGUUGGUCUGGGGUAUAAGAAUUCAAUCUAG